GUGACAGACGAGAGAGAUGGAGUCUGUGUGAGUGACUUGUGGGUGAGUUGGCGAUGGCCGGGGCUCGGGCGAGGGGGUGGCCCGGGCCUGGGAGCCUGGUGCUGGGCUGUGUGGCGUGUCUGAUCCUCCUGAUUGCGCUGUAUCUCAGCCCCCAGGAGCCAGAGGCCGGGCCGGGGCUGGAACCGGGGCUGGAACCGGGGGAACGGCGGGACUGGCGUCAGGAGCAGUUACAUCACAAGGCCAAGCGACUGGCAGACAGUAAAGUCCGACACUUUGCUUCCCUGACUGACGUCCAGCGACUGUGGUCUGAUUUCCUGGAGCCGAUGCUGAUCGUGAGGUACCCUGGGUCAGAGGGUAUCAAACGGGUCAGGCAGCACAUUGUGGAGCGGAUCAGGUCACUGGGGGCCGGUUGGCAGUUGGAGUUCGACACGUUCGAGGCGGAGACGCCUCUCGGGGCCCGGACCUUCUCUAACCUGGUGGCCACCCUGGCCCCCGGGGCCCCCCGGCGACUCGCGCUCGCCUGUCACUACGACUCCAAGUUCUUCGGCUCUGACUCUGGCUUCGUGGGGGCCACGGACUCGGCUGUUCCCUGCGCCAUCAUCCUGGAGCUCGCCACCGCCCUCAACACCCAGCUCCAUAGGCUGCUCAACAAGGAUUCGGAGCUGACGCUACAGUUGGUGUUUUUUGACGGGGAGGAGGCACUGGUUGAGUGGACGCCAACCGACUCUCUGUACGGCUCCCGGCACCUGGCGGAACGCAUGGCAAACACCAGCCACCUUCACGGCAACACCGGGACCACCCUCAUCGACUCCCUGGACCUGUUUGUGCUGCUGGAUCUCCUGGGAGCUCCUGAACCCUUUUUCCUGAACCAUUUCAGGAGUUCCUCUCGCUGGUUCAACCGGCUGCUGAACAUCGAGAAGCGGCUGCACAAGUUGGGAGAGCUGCAGCAACACCCACUGGAGUUGACUUACUUCAACCGCGAACUUUACUACGGCCCCGUGGAGGACGAUCACAUUCCCUUCCUGCAGAAAGGGGUCCCAGUCCUGCACCUGAUCGCGACGCCCUUUCCCCAGGUCUGGCACACGGUGGAGGACACAGCUGAACGGCUUCACACCCCGACAAUCCACAACCUGUGCAAGAUCCUCACCAUCUUCUUGGCUGAAUACCUGCACCUCUAGACGAGGCCUCCCACAACCUUCCGUCUGCGAGGGGUGGGGGGGUUGU